UGUGAAACAACACGUCAGACAGUAUGACGAAAUUAUCAGAUAUAAUCGUAGUGUUUUGCUAAAGUCCACAUUUUCACGAAAUUAGAGCAAUGAAGAGUGGUUUUCUUGUGAUUUACUGUACCUACCUCCUCGUGGGAGUCACAUUUUCCACAGAGGACAAUGAUACAUUUGUUCCCACGCGUGAAUGGCAGAGAGUGAAAGAGGGUCAAAAGGUGCCUGCUGGCCUACAUUAUCGCAUAAAUCUCGAGACCGGCGAGAAGGAGGCCAAGAUUCUUGAGCAAGGUGAGGAGACUGAAAACCCGAAGAGCUCGCUUACAGUCAUUGAGGAUGAAGUGGCUAAUGAGAAUGACUCUGGUCGGCCAACACACGAGGAAGCACUCAAGAACAUUCCUGGCGAGAACUUUGAAUACACUCCUGAGCAAAUGAAAGAGAUAAAGUCGAAAUUCCGUACGUAUGAAGAUAUCAAACACGAAUUGAAAGAUCACCUGAAUUUGGAUGUGAAGACUGACGCUGAAAUAAUUUCAUCAUUCAUGAAGAAAUAUGAUGGACUUAAGAAAAACACAGUGAAUCCUGAGGUAAUCAAAAUCCUUGACGAACUGGAGUAUCUGGUGCAUCAAAUUGACAAUGCCAAUAACUUUGUGGAUCAGAAUGGCAUUGAGAAGAUCAUCAUUCCCAAUAUUGUCAAUCAAACUAACUCAAUCAUCCGGACAAAAGCUCUCCUGCUUCUGGGAGCUGUGAUGCACAACAAUCCCAAAGCUCAAAUAUCAGCGUUUGAAAGGAACAUAAUAGAAUACCUCACGAGACUCUUGGCCACGUCAAAGUUGGGCGAUGAGUUGAGUGCUGGAACUUUUGCCAUUGGUAGCCUUAUCAGGAAAUUCCCUCUUGCUCAAAAGGAGUCCCUCACAAAGCGAGGACUUUCUGUGUUGCUAGACAUCUGGACAAAGCAUAUCGAGCUAAAGGUAAAGCUGAAAGUUCUCAUCUUGAUCGCUGAUUUAGUCCGGGAGAGUCACGAUGUGGCGUCUCAGCAAAAUGAGCCUGACGAGAAGGACGAGGAGAAAUUCCGUCAAUAUCAGAGAGUGGGCAUAGAGAAGCUCCUCGAUGAAUAUGAGUUCUGUCCAAGAUUCGAACAGCUAAUGACUUCGUCCAAGGCAGAUCUGUCAAAGUGCACAGAGUCCAUGGAAAAGGUGAUUCACAGUAUGCAGCUGACUAAGGAUAUGUGCUUCGAAAGUUGGUCACAGAGUGGUGAUCUUAGGCACGUUAUCCUUGUGCUGAAGAAUCAGGUGACAUGGCUCCUGAGUGCGGAGAAGGAUCCUGAGAAGUUUGAGUUCCUCAUUGAACUUGAGGAUGGAUUCCACCGAUUACAUCAGGAACUCUAUGUUAGAGAGGAUUAUGAAGAAAGUGAUACGAAAAGGAAAGAUGAAUUAUAGCGCGUGAAUUUUUUCAAGACUUUCAAU